AUGGCGACAGCAGUACCGGAAAAUUUGAACAGAGACCAGUACGUCUACCUUGCUAAACUAGCAGAACAAGCCGAGCGAUAUGAAGAGAUGGUCAAGUUCAUGGAAAAGCUCGUCAUCGGCUCGACUCCAGACGCCGAGCUUACUGUCGAGGAGCGAAACCUCCUUUCUGUCGCCUACAAGAACGUGAUAGGCUCGCUCCGAGCGGCGUGGCGCAUCGUGUCUUCGAUCGAGCAGAAGGAGGAGUCUCGAAAGAACGACGACCAUGUGGUUCUAGUCAAGGACUACAGAUCUAAGGUGGAAUCUGAGUUAUCUGACAUUUGUGCUGGGAUUUUGAAGCUUUUGGAGUUGAAUCUUGUGCCGUCCGCUUCGACGAGUGAGUCGAAGGUGUUUUACUUGAAAAUGAAGGGUGACUAUCAUCGGUAUAUGGCUGAAUUCAAGGUUGGAGAUGAGCGAAACCAGGCUGCGGAGGAUACAUUGAAUGCUUACAAGGAUGCUCAGGAAACUGCACUGGCUGAUCUGGCUCCAACUCAUCCAAUAAGGCUGGGGCUAGCCCUCAAUUUCUCAGUCUAUUACUAUGAGAUUCUCAAUUCAUCUGAUAAGGCUUGUAGUAUGGCAAAACAGGCAUUUGAGGAAGCCAUUGCUGAGCUGGACACUUUGGGUGAAGAAUCAUACAAGGACAGCACUCUCAUCAUGCAACUCCUUAGGGACAAUCUCACUCUUUGGACUCCAGAUGCGGACCAGCAAGACGAGCCAUGACAAGUGAACUGACAAGUCAUGCUUGUCGUCUCCCCCGGAGGAGGUGGGCUACGAAUGUCAUUUGUUAAAACUGCUGACUAAUUGUGUUCUUAGAAAUGGGCAUAAACCCAUGACAUGAUUUGUUUCAUACCAGACUGAACCCGCUUUAGAGUUGCAUUAUGUGUGAUUUGGAAUUGGGGGCUGGUAGGGGUACAAUGUUACUCUUCUACCGAAUUUUCACUUCUGUCACGGUUAUUCACAUUGCUUAUAUCUCUCUUUCUUGUUAUCUCUUUUUCCAAGAAUGUCCAGGGUGGGUCAAAACUUGAGGGGAUAAUUUUGACAUUUAAUAUGCUUGACCUUA